AUGUCAACAAUUCCAAAAAUUGAAAAUUGGAUGAAAAUUAAUUUAGAAACAAUUAAAAAAGAAAUAAAAGAAAUUAUAAAUAAACAACAGAUGGACAUCCGUGCAACAUUAGAUACACAUAGCGCGGAACUUGCAGCGGUAAAUAUUAAACUGGAUUCAUUGGCUGUCCAACAUCAACAACAACACGUGAAUUUUUUAAACAAUAAACAGUGUGCAAAUUCAGCAAACACAAACAAUGUUAGUAGAAAAGUAAACGCUGAGUCAGUAAGCUUAAAUAAUGUAAAUAACACGUUGCCACCAAUUAAUCAAAAUGCGCCAGGAAUUUUGUGGGCGGACGUCGUGUCAUCACCCACUCUGGACGAAGCGUUCACGUUGGUGAAGCGGCAUAACAAACGACCACGUUUGAAUGUCUCAUUGGAGGUCAACAACAACGGCGAAACCACUUCAAACAACAACAACGAAAACACGGCAAACAUCAACACAGCUAAAAAACAACAAAAAGACAUCGUCAAAUUAAAAUUUGACAAAAAUGAACAGGAAUCAACAAUGUUCAGAGUUUGCAUCGAUAGCUCAGAUGCCUGUAAGAUGAAGGAUCCUGAUAUUAUGUUGAAAAAAUUUGCUCGAGUUCUGAGAAUCAUUGUGGAGAUGGUAUGGAAUGUAAAAACAUCCAAGUCAGAGGCUCGUCAUACACGGAAUGCGUUUGCAUGGAUGAUGAGUACAGGACUAAAAAGGGGACUUGUGAAAGGGGGAAUUAAGAGAACUGAAGAGAAAACGCAACACAAGAAAAGAACAGGGAAGAAGAAAACGGAACAACAGUUGACGUAG